CGCGCCCCGCGCCGUGUUUUACUGUAAAGUGAACGGAGCCGCACGCGCUGCUCAGAGAGAAGAGGAUCUUCAGCAUAACGACUUUGAACAAGCACAACAACCAUGGACUGCGGCAUUAUAACGUCGAAGACCGUUCUUCUGAUCCUCAGCCUAAUAUUCUGGGCUGCAGGAGCGGCUCUUUCCUAUGUCGGCGCUUAUGUCAUACGCAGCUAUAAGAACUUUGACAACUUUUUGGAGGACAAAUACACCCUAAUCCCUGCAGCUAUCAUUAUCGGGGUGGCCGUGGUAAUGUUUAUUAUUGGUAUCGUCGGCUGCUGUGCAACACUGAGGGAGUCAAAAGUUGGCUUAGGCUUUUUUAUGUUUAUCCUUUUACUGAUCUUUGCUGCGGAGGUGACUGCCUUUGUGUUUGGAUUCAUCUACAAGGGAAGGAUAAAAGGAGACUUGGAGAAGUCGAUGAGUGAAGUCUUUCAGAAGUAUGAUGGCAAGAACGCUGAGACCCGGGCAGUGGACUAUUUGCAGUCUCAGCUGCAGUGUUGUGGGGUGAGGAACUACACUGACUGGACCAGCACACCUUGGUUCAGUUCUCAUAACCGCACGGUGCCCCAUUCCUGCUGUAAGGCAAACACCACAUGCACUGGACAGUUUGACCAGUCCGAGCUGCUGAAUGCUCAGGGCUGUGAAACUAAACUAGAGAAGCUGCUUCAGAGUGUGCUGAGUUAUGCCAUGUUGGUCAUCUUGGGUUUUGCCAUCAUAAAGUUUUUCGGAAUGCUCAGCAUUUGUGUGAUCACCUGCCGAAGUGGCAGAAGCGAUUACCAGCCACUGUAUGCGUGAUGGGUGAAGUAAAGAGCUUUCCCAAUUGUUGCCUUACAUACCCUGGGACUCCACACCCUGCAGCUGCACACUGCCUCCUCUCCAUCAAUUGCAAGACUGAUGUCCCUUACAGCCCCAACAGUAGGAGUUCGCCACACUUUCCACGUUCAUCACAUUGUCACUUUUUAAAAAAUGUACUGGGUUUUAAUGUAGUUUUGUUCAGCUGUAUGAAAAAUCAUCCUAAAAUACAAGGAAAUGUAUAAGCAGACUGUAAAGUCAGGGGUGCCCAGUCCUAUCUGCAAAGGGCCAGUUCAGCUGCAGGUUUUCAUUCUAACCAAGCAGGAGCUCACUGACCCUGCUUGUUUUAUCAAGUUGCUUUUUGUGGAUAAGAUUGCGUCCCCCCUGCACUAAAUCGAGCAGUGUUUUAUACUUAGGAAGACAGGAAUGGUCUAAAAUUGCCAACACUUUGUGAGAGAAAAUUGGCAACGAAAUAUCAUCAUGCUUUGCUGAGGUUAUGCGAAUCAUGUCAUGGCAAUACUUCCCACCAUGUCCGUGCUAUUUAAAUACCUGAUUGCAAUAGUCUUUUCCUUAACUUUCCUUGAUGACUGUGUUAUGUAUUCUUUCCCAUCGUUUUAGAUCAAAUCUGCAAGGAGAGGUCUGUGAGUUUUGUGAACUAAUUUCUUGUAUUUCCUGAAAAAUUAUUGAACCAUUUAGGUCCUAAGUUCAUAAGAGUGUAUCAGUUUUAGUGAAUGUGUCUGAUGUAUUUGAAUGUUAGGCUGUCAUAUCUGGUGGUUGGAAUGACUGAUCUGUUGUAAAUGUAUUUAAUUUCUGCUGUAAAAGUCUUAAGCAUCACAGGACAUAAUAAAUGUUUAAAUCCAGU